CCAGAAUUGAACUAUCGACCCCUAGUUACUAGAAUUAUAAACCAAAACGCCUACUCUAAGGCACUCCCUAUCUACUCUACUCAACGAUUACACAUAUUUCUAUCCACCAGAAUAAUUUUAUUUUUUAUUUUUACAUUUUAAACAAUUUAAAACUUACCCUAACGUUAACACUUCUUUAACUUUUAAAUAUUUUUGUACUAAUAAAUGACCUUUAAACAGCUGUUUUUUUAAAUUAUAAAUAUGCCUAGUGAUUAAUAGUGAAAAUAAAUAUUUACUUUGCAUAGUUUCGCCAUAAUUAUUUAAACGCGUAUAACCCACGACGCAUAUUGUAAAGUUUAUUUCGUAAUUUCCUUAUUAACUAACUCACAAAUAAUUAUUUUUUAGUAUUACUUAUUUAUUUCUGUAAAUUGCUAUUCGACAUUUUGAGCCCAAUUUCGGUAUGGACAAUUUAAAGCUAAAAAUCAUUAAAUCACCCAAGUUACCCGUGCCAAAAAAUAGACUGAGCAAUUCAUCCAACAAAACGAACUCUAUGUCCAUUGGCGUUAAAAAAACCAAAGCGUUGACUAAAGUCAACAAAAUUAAAUUAAAGGGACAAAAAACAGCUACUGAAACUCGGACAAAUUUAAACAAAAAAUCUACUGAAACUCAUAAAAUAAUCAUAAACACAAAAACGACGUCUACUGAUAAUGCACCGAACAAUUAUAUCGACACAGUCAUUAAAGAAUUCAAGCUAAAAUAUGAAGAAAUAAAACAACGGCGUCAUCGCCCUAGACAAUUUUAUAACAACGAUGAAAUUGUAUUGUCUGUAUUAGCAGACGCUUUUAGUGAAAAACUUCAAAGGACACGGACCAUUCGUAAAACUGACUCUUCCGAGGCAACUAAAGAACAAUCUAAAAAAAACUCUGUCUUGGGUAAUGAUAAAAAUAACGAGUCUUUGCCUAACAGUCAGUUCGAGGCUUUAAAAGAUCAAACCGAUAUGAACUUACUCUUCGAUAAAUCCUAUACAUUCGUCCCUAAGUCGGAAGUUAAAAACAUUACAAAUUCGGUUACUUCAAAGUCUUCUUCGCAAUAUGAUACGGCGAAAGUCAAUCUUCCAUCGAAUAAAGUGAAAUUCGUGUCUGCGAUCUCUGUUAAAAUCCCAGGUAGUAAAGUUUUUAAUGGUCAGUCAGGACAUAGAGGUCAUUUAGCGGCUGGCGUUCACAAUAUGGACACCUCUAUGGUAUCAUCAAAACAAAACAACACAAACAAGAAAUUUUUGUCUAAGAUACCAACAAGGAACAAUGUUUCAAAAGAUAAUAAUAUUAGGAAUAGUUCACUUAAGGUUUUGGAUUUAUCAUUGAACACUGGCAAUACAUUCAAUAGGCAUGCAGUUCAAUGUCAAAGAUUAAACAACUGUACUUGUUCAUAUUCCAGUGUUAAACAUCUCAAUGCCGAACCCCAUGCCAAAAAUUGUAUUAAGAGGACCAUUAAAAUAACCACACAUUAUUAAAAUUAAUGACAUAGAAGGAUAACUUUUAUCAACUACUGUUGUUAUAUCAUGGAACUACUGCCUGAAAUUCCUAAUUAAACUUGUCUCUGUAUGAAAAAAAAAUAAAAUGAUACAAUAUUAAACACUAGUCUUAAAGAUUUUAUUUCAUUGUUAGUCAAAAACAUCACACUAAGAUUUAUGUACAUUAGUUGAUAUUUUGACAAUUUUGUGUUUGUAUAUGGCCAUAGUAGAUGAUCAUAAUGUAGUUAAGAUUUAAUAAAUAUUUAUUUAUACAUAUUUUUGUGUAAUUAUUAAUCGAUUAUUAGACCAUCCAUGUAUUACAUAACUA